GUUGCUCCUCACAGACUCAGAAGUACAUGAUGAAUGGUCUCUUCUACAAAGAUUGGAACCCGGAACAGUAUCUACUGAAACUCAUGGAUUAUGACGACGAAGAAAAGCCUCUGAACUACAUUGAGGCAAUUGCUUCACCGAAUACUUGCGACAAUAUAAUAGUGCAAGUCGGAUUUGGUCCCGGAAACUUGCGGCGAAAUCACGACAGCACAGUAAGGGUGGGGGCACCUUAUAUGAUAGGCGGCAGAGAACAAGAACCGUAUGGGAUCCUACGUAUGGAUUCGGAGGUGUUCGACUAUGAAGACCCUGGAAAAAACCUCACAUUCCACUGGUUCAAGCACAACAUCAUGUGCAGGGACAAUGCGUGGAUUUGCAAAGAAACAAAAACUACCAAAAAAGGAAAGGAACAGAAAGGGCAGGGGUCAGGAUCGGCUUCUUCUGGGAGCAAGAAGAAUCGAAGAAAAAAUCAAAACAAAAAUGGCAAAAGAAACAAAGGGAAAAUCGAGUUUAAGAGACGCAUGUGA